CAUUCCGUUCCGCGUGGAUCUUAUCGAUUGCGGUUGCCAUCAACGCGGAAAAAGCCGUUAAACUUUGAGUUGUGAAUAUAAACGUGAAUUCCUUGAGCUUUUCAUACAUUAUCUUCAAGCCCCGUGAAGAUGAGAUCUUCCAUUUUACCGAUCGCUCUCUGCUUUUUGGCGCUGGCUUUGACGGCGACGAGUGCAAAGAAUAUCGUCUGCUAUUUCGCUAGCUGGUCGCACUAUCGGCAGGGUAACGGGCGAUUCACCACUGCCGAUAUUGAUCCCAAUAUCUGCACCCACUACAUCUGGAGUUUCGUGACAAUCGAAGGAAACAGAAUUGUCGUUUCUGACGGUGACGGUAGCAAUGGAAUCCGCGAGCUUACAGCUUUGCGCUCCCAGAAUUCUGGAGCUAAAGUUCUCGUAGCUGUUGGUGGAGGCUCUGAUAGCGUUGGUCCCAAAUACUCGAACAUGGUUUCCUCAUGGCAGUCACGUAACGACUUCAUCAACAGCGCUGUGGAUGUUCUGAAGGAGUACAACCUCGAUGGCCUGGAUAUGGACUGGGAAUAUCCGGCUUUCAAUGGUGGCGUGCCCUCUGAUCGCGAAAACUUUGUUCUGCUCCUGAAGGAACUGAGGGAACGAUUCAAUCAAGAAGGCGGUUAUCUACUCACUGCCGCUGUCAACGCGGGACAAUGGGCCGCAGAAACCGCUUACGACAUCCCAGGGAUCAGUCAACAGCUUGACUUCAUCAACCUCAUGACUUACGAUUUCCACGGCUCUUGGGAAUCUCAAACUGGACAUCAUGCUGGUCUUCACGCUAAUGGAGACAUCUCAGUCGAAUCGUGUGUCAAGUAUUGGCUGGACAAAGGCUGCCCCAAGGACAAGCUAGUCGUUGGAGUACCGACGUACGGUAAGUCGUGGACUCUUGCGGAUCCAAAUAAUCAUGGAGUCGGUGCUCCUGCGGUAGGUGUUGGUCAACCUGGACCGUAUACACAAGCACCUGGGACACUUGCCUACAACGAACUCUGCGAGCAAAUCAAUGCGGGGCAAUGGACUGUCGUAUUCGAUGAACAGGCGUAUGUUCCGUAUGCUUACAACGGGAAUCAAUGGGUUGGCUACGAGAAUGUCCAAUCGGCAAAAGGCAAAGCCGGAUUCCUCCGAGACUGGGGUCUAGCCGGGGCAAUGGUUUGGACUAUCGACUUCGAUGACUUCAGGGGCUCGUGUGGAGAGAGAUAUCCCAUUCUCAAUGCCCUGAAUGCGGUACUUCGGACCUGAUGACUCCGAGAUGAUCAGAAAAUGCAAAUGAGAAAAACGUCAUUUUUUUAUUUUCCGGGUUUUUUUUCAGAUUACUGAUACGAACCACAUAUCACCGCUGAAGCGGUCAAACGGUCGCUGCGAUAUGCGGUUUUUUAUCUUGUCUCUAUCAAUUAAUACCCGGAAAAUUAUUGAGCUGACACUGUAUUAUAGAAUGACCGAAUAAAAGAGGAUAUUUAAAA